GACGCCUGAGCGAGGUCUCAGAGUGCAACGGGCGCCAUCAUGACCGCACGCUAGGCCGAGCGUCCCUGAGCUGCGUGGCCGGCAAGCUCCAUUAGCACGCCGCCCGAGCCCAGCUCGCUUCCCGCUUGCUCCUGCUUCCUUGUCAUUAAUGAGCUGCUGGGGAACCGCACACUUUUUUUUUUUUUGGAUCAGGAAGACACUUUUUGUUUUGACUUUGACACGGGGAAAAUUUUUAAGUUAGUUACCUCCUGAUCUACAACAAAUAGAGAAUUUGGUGAUAAAAGAAGGGAUUGUUGAGUACACUCCUCUCCCAAGACGUCAAGAAGCUCAUCGCCACCAUGCCCGAGGGAAGCAUUGAGCGCCCUUUGUCGCCUCUCCUUCCCGAUAGGGAUUGCGGCCACGAGUGCCGGGUGUGCAAGGUUUCGGUGGUAAGCCUGACCGACUACGCCGGCCACAUCUCCAGCCCUGCCCACAAGCAAAACCUGGAGAAGGAGAAAACCUUGCCCGGCGGCGGAAACCGCGACGAGGACUACUUCGACCAAACGCUGGUGGAGCUCGUUCUCAAGAGGAAAGAGCAAAUACGCAAAGAACAAGAGGCGGCGGCUGCUGCUAAGCUGGCCCAGGAAGCGGCGGAAGCAAAGCAAAGGGAGAUCCAGCAGAGAAUAAAAGAAGCCAAGGAACGCUACCAGUCGGCCAAAGGUGCUCAGCCUCUGCCCUACGGCUUCGCUUGGAACUGCCCCCAAUACAAUUGGAGAAGCGGGCAGCAGCAGAGAGGCUUCCGAGCGACUUCGCCAUGCCAGAACACCAUGCAAGGAAAGAGCGCCACCUGGCACGCUCAGCCACCCCCCAACUUCCAGAGGUGGGGGUCGGGCGACCUGCAAGGCGGUCGUUGCUAUUCGCAGGACGGCGCCUUGGCCCCCCACGGCGGUGCAUUUUGUAACCCCGGUCGUCAGCCCUGGCUCAGUAACCAAGGUAGCAGCUACGGCAUGUACGGCAGGAAUAACAUCUCCCAGUUCCCGCCGAAUAACCGGCAAAUGAGCUACAACUGCACUCCAAGGUACCCGCCCCCGCCGCAGUUCUUUGCCCGUCCUGUUAGCAACCCUCAAAACAGGGCUAAUGAGAGCGCAGGGCCCCAGAGUAACGGGAUGCCAACAGCCGACCGGGAGCCGCCCCCUGGCAAACAGAAUUUUGGCAGCAACCCAAAGCUGGACAAGACCUGCCACUGGUCUCCUUAUACAGUCGGCAAGACGAUGGACUUGCUACCCAGCAAGGACGCCGCGUCCAAACCAGCGGAGCGACACUUUGAACAGAGCCAAGAGGGUCCUUCCAACAGUCAAGCCGAAGUCCAGCCAAAACCCCAAGGAAUCAGAACCCCGUCGGUUGGAUCCUUGCCAUCGCAACAAGCACCAAAGCUACCAGACACCUUCAGGAAGGCCUCGGCCUUCUCGGAAAGGAGGAGCUCUUUGGACAGCCCUCGGACAGAAACCCCUCGGCGCACCAGCAAAGGGGAGCUGCCCAAGGAUCCGGUGCAGGGUCCGAUUGUAGAGAACAAGGAUACCAACAGCUACCAUAACGCAGCUAAACCCAAAUCAAGCCACCCGGCCCGGAGUUCUUCGUCUUGUGCGGCCAAAGAAACGUUCUCAGCAUCCUCUUCUGAGAGUCUUCAGUCCCUGCAGGUCAGCACCUCCAGCGCCAAGAAGCCGCCGCCCCCAGCCUCCAAACGUGACGAGCCGGAGAAGGCGAAGGAAUCUCUCACCUCGCCGCCUCUCCAAGCCCCGAUGCAAGCGGCAGAAGAUCACAGUUCCAAGGGAGAGACCUCCAGUUGGGACAAAACAUGCACCAAGGCGUCCGGCUUGUCCAAACUCGAACUGCCUCCUGUCCUGAAGCGCGACCUGACCAAGCACAUCAGCACCAAGACCAAGACGGGCUGCCACGAGCCCAACCUCCACAACGCCAGGCGUGUCCGCAACCUGAGCGAAUCGCGGCGGACCGACAGCGAAAAGGACUCCGGGCUCAAACCGACCGUGCGCCACCUCAUCAGCUCCUCUGGCUCUAAAAAAGUCAACUGGGAGCAGGUGUACCAGGAGGUGCGCAAGAAGCAGGACAAGGGGAAGGGGAUGCCCAGGUUCGGCAUUGAAAUGGUUCCAAAUGAAGACCAGAGUCAGGAGGAGGAAGACCUGGCAAUGUUGGAGAAGUUCCCUUGGGAGUCAUUGAUGGAAACCUCUCCCCCUGCCACAUCCCGCAAGCGCUCCCUCUCCGAGAGCAGCCUGGCUCCCACGUCUGAGCACUCGCGCCGACAAUCCAAGGAGACGCCGCCGCGGAGGUCCGGCGGCCGGCCCGACGCCGAGCAGAUUCUGAACCUCGCUGCGGAGGAAGCUCAAAAGCGAACAGAUAAGCUAAUGUCAGAGAAGGUCAAGGCUCUCCAGAGAACCGACUACAAGCUUGAGGAGAACAACUCCUGGGUCAAGCUGAUUGAUAUACAGGGAACAGCGAAGAAGCGAAGAACACCUGGGAGCCAAGAGGCUUCAGGCGCGGAACAAGAUACCAAAAGAAGAAAGACCAAAUCCAAAACAGCCGACCGCCUACAGAUCGACCAGCUCCUGGCCGUGUCGCUGCGAGAGGAGGAGCUGAGUCGCUCCCUGCAGACGGCCGAGACCAAUCUGGUCCAAGCGCGGGUGGCGCUGGAGGCCGCCUACAUGGAGGUGCAGCGAGCCGUGCUGGUCAAACAGCAGAUUUCCACAGAGAUCAGCACACUCCGAGAAAAACGUAUUGGACUAUUAAAAGGAAUGCAAGCAGGGAACACGGAAGUGGCUGAAGUACCGCCCAUCCGUCUGAAACAAGAGAAGACGAACCCCGCGGAAAGAGAACCGCCCCCUGUGACCCCGUUCAGCUCUCUUGCGAGCACGGCAGCUCUUGCUAGAAGCGCCUCGCCGCCACCGCCCGUCUCCAAUGCCGUUAAGGAGGAGCCCCUGUCCCCCAUACGAAUCAGCAGCGAGUCGGACCACUUGGGGAAUGUAUCAUGCCCCGAGGUUAUAACCACUGCGGGGGUAAAGUCUGAGCCCUCGACUACAGCCGAAGGGGACGCCUACAGUCUGUCGGGGUUGACGGGGACCACCGAAAAAGCCACUCAGGUCACCCAAGUCCCGGAUUCCAAAAAUGAUGUCAAGCCCUUGUUGGCCAGCAGGAGGCGCUCCGAGACGGGCAGCACCACCGACCGCCCGCGCUCGCCGCCAUUCGAGGUGCCCCAAGUGCCAAACGCCUCGCCCGGUUCCCCCUCAGAGUUGCGCGGCGGCAAGCGAGUCAGGAAGCUGAAGAAGAGGAAGGUGUUGGAAAAGGCUCACAGCCACGUGAUGCUGGAGAGCAGCGACACCGAGAUGGACGGCGAGACCUCCAAGCCCAGGUGGCCACGACAUCAGAGGAGAGCCAGCAGCAGCAGCACGCAGGUCAGCACCUCCUCGCUACCACAAGGGGGCGACGUGAAGAUGGUGGAAGACGCCAAGCCUCUCAAACAGGAAGUGGAGGUUAAGGUGGAGACGGACGCAAUCUUCGAGCAACUGUUCGGGACCACCUCGGGCUUUCCAGCGGCCCCCAAACCAGAGUCAUCCAGAAGCGAGCAGUCAAGCCUGGCCUGCAAUGAGGUCACCUCCACCAGCGACAUGGACAUUUGUAAAUCAUCUGAGAGUGAAAUGUCUUUUCCAAAGAUAGCAUGGAAUCCUUCUUACGGGUCGCCCGGCACUUUUGAGGGCCACCUGGAAGCGGUGAACGGCAUGCAGGUCCACAGCGGGCUGCUGUACACGUGCUCCGGAGACCGCACGGUCAAAGCCUUCGACCUGAUGACUCGCAACUGCGUCGCCGUCUUUUCCGGCCACACGUCGAAAGUGAGCUGCCUGUUGGUGUCGUCCGCCCCCUGCCUCCAGCGCCGCCUGUAUUCGGGUUCCACCGAUCAGACCAUACGCUGCUACAGUCUUAAGACGCAGGAAUUAGAGCAGCAGUUCACUCUGGCAGAUCGAGUUCUGUGCUUGCACAACCGAUGGAAGUUUCUGUAUGCCGGCCUGGCAAACGGCACUGUGGUUACGUUUGAUCUUACGACCAAUCAGCUGCAGGAUACAUUUGAAUGCCACACGCCACGGGCAGUCAGCUGCCUGGCCACGUCGCAGGAGGGCCUGCGGCGCAUCCUACUGGUCGGCUCCUACGACAGCACCAUCAGCGUGCGGGACGCCAAGACCGGACUACUGCUGCGCAUGCUGGAGGGACACGCCAAGAACGUCCUCUCCAUGAAGGUUGUGAAUGAUUUGGUGUUCAGCGGCUCGAGUGACCAAUGUGUCUACGCACACAACAUCCACAGUGGCGAGCUGCAGCGCGUCUACAAGGGCCACAGUCACGCCGUUACCGUGGUGACGGUCGUGGGGAAGGUGAUGGUGACCGCCUGCUUGGACAAAAUGGUUCGCGUCUACGACCUACAGUCCCAAGAACUGCUGCAAGUGUACGCCGGACAUUCGGACAUGGUGACCAGCAUGGUGGUCCACCAGAACAAGAUCUAUACCGGCUGCUACGACGGCAGCGUGAAGGCCGUUGAACUCAAUCUGUCGCAGAACUACCGCUGCAGGUGGCACGGCUGCUCGCUGGUUUUCGGCGUGGCGGCGCACCUGCAGCAGCACGCGCUUGCCGACCACGCCGCCAACCAGCAGACGCUCAGAUGUCGGUGGAAAGACUGCGAGGAAAUUUUCUCCGCUCGCAACGGCUCCAAGCAGGCGAUGCUCGCACACGUGCAGAAGCACGCCGACGAGGCCCAACCGGAACCUUGAGUUCCCAUCUCCCAUAUUGGGCGGAAGUUUGGAACCUUUGCGUUCCAUGUUGGAAUCCAACAUUCAAGUGUCUCACUGUCCAUUUUUUCCUACGUCCUUGAAGAAUGCGGCGGCGGCUGCGAGAACCUCACGCGCCGCCGCCCGCUAUCAUUUUGCACUGACCAAAAAAAAA